CCACCCCAGAUAUGCCUUCGGGUAGGAGGAUGGGUUUAAAGACUAUCUUUUUGUUAUUGAAAAAUGGAUCUAAUGCUAGAACUACCGCAGUAGUUCUCCUGGUAAUGAAUUUAGAUCUUAGAAGAUCGUGCUUUUGACAACCAUGGUUAACUUUGCAGUUGGAGGGCAUAGCAGCUUGCCUGGGGAUUGAACUACAUUUCCCAGAAUGCAUCUCUAGGAGGAUUCUGGGAAGUGUGGCAGAGGGAGCAAUCGUCCAUUGAGGAAAGAGAGUCCAACAUUUGGAGUUUGCUGGUUCCGCUGAUUGUUGAGGCCUAGGCAGGCAUCCCCAAGAGAAUUCAGAGACCUGACAAUGUCCUUGUAUUGUGGAAUUACUCGCAGGAGAAAAUCUUUUUGGUGCUGUAGGCUGCUGUCAACCUAUGUCACUAAGACACGGUAUUUAUCUGAGCUGAAGGAAGAUGAUGAUGCAUGUAAAAAAGCCCAGCAGACAGGAGCAUUUUACCUCUUUCAUAACCUGGCUCCUUUGCUUCAGAAAUCAGAACAUCAAUACCUGGCCCCCCAGCAUAGCCUAUUAGAGUUGGAAAGGCUCCUGGGUAAGUUUGGGCAGGACAUGCAAACAAUAGAAGAUUCCGUGCUAAUUGGAUGCUCCGAACAGCAAGAAGCAUGGUUUGCUCUGGAUCUAGGUCUAAAUAGCUCCUCUUCCAUAAAUGCUUCCUUACAGAAACCUGAAAUGGAGACAGAGCUCAAGGGGUCUUUCAUUGGGCUGAGGAAGGCUCUCUUUCAGCUGAAUGUGAAGGAUGCCUCCUUGCUAUCCACGGCUCAGGCUCUUCUCCGUUGGCAUGAUGCUCAUCAGUUCUGCAGUAGAAGUGGGCAGCCCACCAAGAAGAAUGUGGCUGGCAGCAAGCGUGUGUGCCCUUCCAAUAAGAUCAUCUAUUAUCCACAGAUGACUCCUGUGGUGAUCACUCUGGUGUCAGAUGGGACUCGAUGCCUGCUUGCCCGCCAGAGUUCCUUUCCCAAGGGAAUGUAUUCUGCCUUGGCAGGUUUUUGUGAUAUAGGUGAAAGUCUGGAAGAGGCUGUCCAGCGAUAAGUUGCAGAAGAGGUGGGAUUGGAGGUGGAAAGACUGCAAUACUCUGCAUCUCAGCACUGGCCCUUUCCUAAUGGCGCACUCAUGAUUGCUUGUCAUGCAACUGUGAAACCAGGGCAGACAGAGAUCCAGGUGAACUUGAGAGAACUAGAAGCAGCUGCCUGGUUCAGUCAUGAUGAGGUGGCCACAGCCCUGAGGAAAGACAACCCAUAUUAUCAGCAACAGGAUGGGGCUUUCCCAUUCUGGUUGCCCCCCAAGUUAGCCAUUGCCCACCAACUGAUAAAGGAGUGGGUGGAAAAACCGACCUGUUCUAUCCUGCCUUCUUAG